UAUGGCCUGAAAUUAAUUUGACAAACAGAAAUAUUCGAUUAUUUUUUGUUAUUAAAGGGUUAAAAUAGUACAGGUGGGAAAACUUAGCAGUCUUCUCAAAUGCCUGUGAAAUAAAAAUGGGUUUGGUUUUCAGUUCCAAUAGCCGAUUCGAUAUGGAAAAUGACCAAUAUGAUUAUAUAGGUGCUUUAGAAUAUAAUUUUCCGGAUGAUAAUCUAGACAACGGAUUAUGUUUAAGUGAAGUUUACCUACCAGAAGAGAUAAUAAUUCACAUUCUAAGUUUUGUGUCUGUCAAAGAUAUCUGGAAACUUCGUUUGGUUUGUAAAAAAUGGUACAAUUUGACGAAAACUCAUAGUUUAUGGUCUACCAUUUUUCGACGAUUAAAUAAAACUCCCAGGCCACUGCCUUGGUAUGUAAGCUAUAAGUGUUUGGAUAACAGUUGUUUCGACAAAAAUUUGCUUAGAAAUAACUGUGGUAAAAAAAAAUUUAGUCAUUGGAUGAUUCUUGAGGAUGGGGGCAAUAGAAUGAAAGUUGAAGACUCUCCAGUUGGCAGUGAUCCUAUUCCAAACAAUAUUCCUGAUUUUGAGGGAGCUAAAAGUUGUUUUGUAACUUCCUUUUCUUCAUGUAGUAAGAUGCAAAGGAUAGAGCUUAAUGGAAACCUAACAAAAUAUAUUGUAAAGAAAUUCAAACCCCACAUUUAUGUUAGCGAAUGGUAUGCUGGUCGUUUUGAUUGUGGAGGUUAUUAUCAACUCAAAGCUGUUAUUUAUCGUACCGCUAAAAAUAAAGUUAUUGCGCAAGAUGAUAAUUUACAAGAAGAAUACCCUAUUGAUAUUGAGAAUGAAAUUAUAAUUGAAGAAAAAAAAGAAAUACAAUUUAUUGCAAAUGAAGCAACUCAAUGGAAAAAGGUAGAGAUUGUGAUUAAGGAUUAUACUGAGGAUAUUGAAGGAAUUUUAUUUGAGCAUAAAGCAAAGGAUAAUCAGUUUUGGGCUGGACAUUAUGGACCUAAGAUGGCUGGGGGAGUAGUUAAAUUAUUAUCUGAUAGUAUUCAACCAGUUUCAAACAAUCUUUGAAUUCAAAUAAGCAAAGAUUAGCUGUUACUUUAGCUAGGUUAUGUGCUACCUAAAAUUUCUUAUCAUCUGUCCAGUUUUCUUGAAAUGUAUUUUAUAUAAAUUUUAUUAUAUACUACCAAUAGUUAA